AUGGCAAUAAUUGAUUUAGAGUCAGAUAAGAAUAAGGAGCGUCGUUUUAAACAGGAUGACUUACAUACUGCUAGUUCUUGUAGCUUUGCUGUGCACGCUGCAAAAAAGGCAAAAACGGAUGGACGUCCUAUAGAGCGUGCAAUAUUAUAUCCAAUACUACAUACUCGUAAAGAUGGAUCUGCAGUUAAUCCUGUAGUGAAAGCAAAAAUGGACAAAAUGAAGGAAUUGUUGGAUGAUUCUUCGAAUCAUUUGCAGUCAUCUGACACAAGUGGUAGUAUUGCAUGGUCAAUAGACGAUGUGUUUGCCAAAGUGAUGGGUAAGGAGUGCAAAGGUCCUAUUCGUGGGAUAGGAUUUGGUCCAAGUCCAAGUGGUCGAAGUAGCAAGAGUGCUCUCACAGACAUUGAAAUACACUCAAGUCAAGCAAGGGACAAUGAAGUUGCACAACUGAAGGCUUCCUUGGCUACUAUGGAGGAUAAACUUGCAAGUUUUGACGAAAUGAAGGAAAGACUUAGUCAAUUCGAAGAAAUGGAGCAAAGAAUGGCUCGCAUGUUUCAACAAAUGCAACAAAUUUCUUCCCAAUGCAAUCAGGAUGUUCCUUCGGCUCAACAAUCUCCAGCUCUCCAAAAAUCGUCAGCUGCAUCCUAUCAACCAAGCAGCUUAUAAGUUUUAUCUUGGUGUUCGAGAACUUUUUUGUGUACAAAGAACUACAGAAGAACAACCGCAUUUUUUGCAAGUGUUGAAGGAUAUUUUUAAACACUUUAGAACUUUGAUUAUAGUAUUAGCUUAAUUUGAGUGGUUGUUUUAUUCAAAGGACCACAUCUUUUUUUGUUAAGCUUAUGACGGUGGUUAU